GCAUAUAUGAUUCAUUCAUAAUGGCUGUUCCUCGGCAGGAGAGAGUGUGCAGACUAUGUAAAUACCCGAUACAAAUAUGUGCUCGUGGUCUUCCGUUCUCCAAAUUUUCGAUCAGAGUACCGAGACAAUUCAGAUGCACGAUGGUGAUACCUUGCACUCUAGGAGAAAGGUUGACUCGAUUUUGGAGAAGUGAGUUGAAAUUGCAGAUAGAGCCAACAUAUGAAUGGUACGAGUUUGAUGUUCUACAGCGUGGAUCGAAAUACAUCCUCACCGGAGAAUGGGAGAUGUUUGCUAGUAUAUACAAAAUCAACAAGGGCGACACGCUGCAUUUGAACGGUUGUUCACUUGUGCACGAACACCUGGUUUUUGGCCAUUUACGUCGACUGUCAGGCGAUAUCGCAGUGCCAAGAUGUACAAUAGAUGAGUACGAGGCGGAACAACGAAUUGUGUAGGAUGGAGUUAUCUACACAUCAAAAUCGAUGCCCCCUCGUGGAUGUUAGUUAAUUAUCGAGUAUGGUUUAGGGUGUACCUGAACAUGGGGCUAGUUUGUAAUAAAAAAAGAGUUGUUAGCAGUUGAAUUAGGGAGUUUGUUAUUUUUUAA